ACAACUGCAUCGCCCCCAGUUCGUCAUGGCCUCAGCCUCAAGAGAUAUUGCUAUGGGACAGGAUCCCCACUCGAGGACCAAGGCCGCAAAGCUGCUUGAGGUUCUGAAUGCCCUGGAGGAGGAAGAGUCCAGCAGCAACAGGGAGGAGAUUUUUAUCGCGCCACCUGACAAUGCUGCAGGGGAGUUCACAGAUGAGGACUCGGGGGAUGAAGAUGGCCGACGGGACACCCACCUGCCUGGCAGCAUGCUGCACGCAUCAGUCCUAUCUGAGGACUCCAGCACCGGUGGAGACAACGAUGACUUGGAGCUGCAGCCAGCCAGGAAGAGGAAGAAGGCAGCGGCGUGGCCUCAGCGCAUGUGGACCAAGAGAGACAUCCGGCCAGAUUUUGGCAGCUGGUCGGCAUCCGACCCACACAUCGAGGACCUCAAGAGCCAAGAACUGAGUCCUGUGGACCUCUUUGAGUUGUUUUUUGAUGAAGGAACAAUUAAUUUCAUUGUUAAUGAAACUAAUCGUUAUGCUUGGCAGAAGAAUGUCAACCUGAGUCUCACAGCCCGGGAACUGAAGUGUGUUCUGGGCAUUUUGAUUUUAAGUGGAUAUAUCUCCUACCCACGGAGAAGGAUGUUUUGGGAAACCUCUCCUGACUCGCAUCACCAUCUUGUGGCUGAUGCAAUCAGAAGGGACAGAUUUGAGCUAAUCUUCUCAUACCUGCAUUUUGCUGAUAACAACAAACUUGAUGAAAGUGAUAGGUUUGCCAAGGUCAGGCCUCUCAUCCUGCGGAUGAACUGCAAUUUCCAGAAGCAUGCACCCUUGGAAGAGUUCUACAGCUUUGGCGAGUCCAUGUGUGAGUACUUUGGGCACCGGGGGUCCAAGCAGCUACAUGCAGGGAAGCCAGUGCCACUGGGCUACAAGAUUUGGUGUGGGACGACCAGCAGGGGCUACUUGGUGUGGUUUGAGCCCUCCCAGGACUCCCUCUUCACCAAGCCAGACAAGAGCCUGGAUCUAGGAGGCAACAUGGUGAUAAAGUUUGUGGAUGCACUGCAGGAGCGCGGCUUUCUGCCCUACCACAUCUUCUUUGAUAAGGUUUUCGCGAGCGUCAAGCUCAUGUCCAUUUUGAGGAAGAAGGGGGUGAAGGCCACAGGAACUGUUCGUGAGUACAUGACUGAGCAGUGCCCCCUCAAAGAUCCCAAAGAACUGAAAAAAAUGAAGAGAGGAUCCUUUGAUUACAAAGUGGAUGAGAGCGAGGAGAUUAUCGUGUGCCGCUGGCAUGACAGCAGCGUGGUCAACAUCUGUUCCAAUGCCGUGGGCAUAGAGCCGGUGAAGCUGACCAGCCGGCCCUCGGGAGCUGCCAAGACGCGGAGGCAGGUGCACCAGCCGUCGCUGGUGAAGCUGUACCAGGAGAAGGUGGGGGGCGUCGGCCGCAUGGACCGGAACAUCGCCAAGUACAAGGUGAAGAUCCGCGGCCUGAAGUGGUACUCGAGCCUCAUUGGGUACGUCAUCGAUGCCGCCCUCAACAACGCGUGGCAGCUGCACAGGAUCUGCUGCCAGGACUUCCAGGUCGACCUCCUUGACUUCCGGAGGUACGUGGCCUGCGUGUACCUGGAGAGCAACGCCGACACGUCCUCACAGGGCAGGCGGAGCCGGCGGCUGGAAACCGAGAGCCGCUUCGACAUGAUCGGGCACUGGAUCAUCCAUCAGGACAAGAGGACCCGGUGCGCCCUCUGCCACUCGCAGACCUACACCCGCUGCGAGAAGUGUCAGAAGGGCGUGCAUGCCAAGUGCUUCAAGGAGUACCACAUCCGGUGACAAGAUGUUUACACCUAGUUACACACAGCAGUUGGAGCACGCCUUUUGUUCAAAUAAAAAUCUUGCUUUGGGGUAUAUUUGAGUCCUAGUAAGAAUAAUCAAAGAAAAACUUGCAUGAGUGGUAAAAUGGUUUUACUAUUGUAUACCAUGAUUUAUAAUCUAAGAUAGGAGGUAGUGUUGUAUAGAUAUCAAGUUAAUAUGGUGGAUUUUUACAUUAGGUUUCUCUCACAUUAGUCUGAGGCUAUCAAACUUUCCAGGAUAGAUAAUCUGCCUUGUAUUUACUCAGAAUGCUAGAGUUGCAGAGUUCAUAUUUUCUUGAUUAAAAUAUUUUCCUAAUAUACAUGUAUCCCUGUGGAAUCUAUUUUUAUAAGUAACAUUAGGUAGGUAUCUAUUUUUCCCCAAAAUGAAUGGUUAGCAUAAUUUAUUUAAAAUUAUAUUUUCCCACUUUUUAAAAUUUCACUCUUAUAAAUUCCUGAACUUAGGGGGAACAUAUUGAAACAAGGAAACAUUUUUAUUUCGGAAAAUCUGGUGAAAUGUAUUCCAGGAGAAUAAAAGAAAUACAUGUAAAAAGCUGGGCAUAUCAGAAAUCUAAGAGAGCAUGUUGAAUAUCUUCUCUUUGGGAAAGAACUUUUUAUAACGUACAAAAAGCCUGUUGAACUUUAUAAGCCUGUAAAUUUUACAUUCAUUAUCAUAAUAUCAAUGCAAAGAAAUUGGGAAAAUAUAUUCCAAACUAUUACAUUUGUAAUAAUAGCUCCAGUGAACAAAGAUCUCAUAAACACAGAGAUCACAAGAGAAAAAUGUGCAAGGUUUUUAUAAGAAGACAUGAUGGAAGAUGAAAAACAGGUAAGAUAAUGUAAGAGACUCUGGUGGCAAUUAAAUGCAAAUAAAAGCAAUUACUAGAUA